ACCAUGAAGGUGAAGAUGCAGACGUUCCCCACCCUGUACGCCAGCCUCGCCGACUGCUUCCGCAAGAUCUACCACCAAAUGGGCAUCCGGGGCUUCUACAAGGGGACCGGCCCCGCCAUGAUGGCCUACGUGGCCCACAGCUCCGUCCUCUUCUGGUGCUACGGCUUCUGCCGACAGCUCGUGCGGAAGGUGUCGGGCCUGCGCGAGCCGGCCGAGCUGAGCGACCUGCAGACGGCCGCCGCAGGCUCGCUGGCCUCCGCCUUUGCCGCGCUGGUCCUCUGCCCCUCGGAGCUGGUGAAGUGCCGGCUGCAGACCGCGUACGAAAUGAAGAUGUCCGGGAAGACAGCGCAAAGCCACACCACAAUUUGGUCUGUUGUCAGGAGCAUUCUUAGGAAGGAUGGCCCUUUAGGCUUCUACCAGGGACUCACGACUACUGUAGUUCAGGAAGUACCCGGCUAUUUUGUCUUCUUUGGUGGCUAUGAACUCAGCAGGUCGUUUUUUGCGUCAGGAAGAUCAAAGGAUGAACUAGGCCCAGUCCCUUUGAUGUUAAGUGGUGGUGCUGCUGGAAUAUGCUUCUGGCUUGUCAUAUUCCCAGUGGAUUGUAUCAAAUCCAGAAUUCAGAUUCUUUCUACGUUAGAAAAGCAGAAAGGAUUCAUCUUCACCUUUUUAAGUGUUGUGAGACGUGAAGGAAUAUUGGUCUUAUAUUCUGGACUGAAAGCUACUCUCAUUAGAGCCAUUCCUUCCAAUGCGGCACUAUUUUUGGCCUAUGAAUACAGCAGGAAGAUGAUGAUGAGGAACUUGGAAGAAUACUGAAAUGUCUUGCUGAACCUUGCAUUCCAGCACAGAAGCCUGAGCACUAUGAUGCUUAGGGCCCAACGAGUACAAGUACAACAUGGAAUUAU